AUGGCCACCCUGAAAGACGUUGCCCUGCGCCUGAGAUCUGUAAAAAAUAUUCAAAAAAUCACCAAAUCAAUGAAGAUGGUUUCAGCUGCCAAAUUUGCCAGGGCCGAACGUGAUCUUAAAAGUGCCAGAAGUUAUGGUGAAGGAGCUGCAGCACUCUACAAGUCUAUGGAAUUGGAUAGUGAAGAAAAAAAACCUAAUCAUAUGAUGAUAGCUUUAUGUUCCGACCGUGGUCUUUGUGGCGCUGUGCACAGUAGCAUUUGCCGUACCAUAAAAGCAGAUUUAGCUGAAGCUCCUGAAAGCAACACUAAAUUAAUUCUGGUUGGAGAUAAAGCCCGUGCUCAGCUUCAACGCCUUCAUCGCUCACGCUUUCUGCUUGUUUUCACUGACUACGGAAGGAAACCUCCCCAAUUCAUUGAAGCUGCACAUAUUGCUAGAGAAAUCCUUAACAACGACUUUCAAUUUGAAACGGCUGACCUGCUUUAUAACAAAUUUAGGAGCGUCAUUUCCUAUGAAACGAUCAAAGAACCUCUACGUUCUGUUGAUGUAAUAGCUAAUAGCGAAAAGAUUUUGAGCUACGACGACGUAGAUCACGAAGUCGUCAGAAGUUAUCAAGAAUUUGCUUUAGCUAAUUCAAUAUACGCUGCUAUGAAAGAUGGCGCCGCAAGCGAACAAAGUGCACGUAUGACAGCUAUGGAUAACGCUAGCAAGAAUGCAGGUGAAAUGAUCGACAGCCUCACUCUGACUUACAAUAGAACUCGUCAAGCCGUUAUUACCAGAGAGCUAAUUGAAAUUAUUUCUGGAGCUGCAGCUUUAGAGUAAAAGUAAAGGAUUAUGUAAUUCAAUUUUAUUAAGAUAUAAAAUUACGCAAUGUCAUCACUUAAUGGAAGCGUGAACUAUUUACACAUAUGAAACUUAAAAUAAAC